UCGCCCUGCCCGCCCCUCCUGGGCCACCUGGCCUGGUCGCCGCACCUCUAUCCCGAGUGCACCACGACCACCACCGCUGCCAAUCCCAGCUGCAGAGUGUACCAUGCAGUGCCUGGGCGCAGAGUACCUGGUUUCUGCAGAGAAAACAAGGCAGAGAGAGUGGCGACCCCAAAUUUAUAGAAAAUGCACAGAUACGGCGUGGCUAGUCUUGUUCUUUCUCUUUUGGACUGGUUUGGUGUUCAUCAUGGGUUACUCGGUGGUGGCCGGGGCGGCAGGAAGACUCCUCUUUGGAUAUGACAGCUUUGGCAAUGUGUGUGGCAAGAGGAACUCUCCGGUGGAAGGCGCCCCCCUCUCUGGGCAGGACAUGACUCUAAAAAAACAUGUGUUCUUUAUGAAUGCCUGCAAUCUGGAAGUCAAAGACAGGGGACGUGGUCCCAUGGCCCUCUGUGUAUCCAGCUGUCCCGAGAAGCAGCUGGACACCCUGGAAGAGGUCCAGCUUUUCGCCAACAUCAAUGGCUCUUUCCUGUGUGUGUAUAGUCUGAAUUCCUUCAACUACACUCAGAGUCCAAGUGCAGAUAGACUGUGUCCCAGGCUCCCGGUUCCUCCGAGCAAGCCGUUCCCCUUAUUUAACCGGUGCAUCCCUCAGACCCCCGAGUGCUAUUCCUUGUUUGCAUCGGUCUUGCUGAACGAUGCCGACGCUCUCCAUCGGAUUCUAAGUGGAAUCAUGGCAGGAAGAGACACCAUCCUCGGCUUGUGUGCCUUUGUAUUCGCCUUGUCUCUGGCCAUGUUGUUCACCUUCCGAUUCAUCUCAACGCUCCUGGUCCACAUUAUCAUCUCCUUGGUCAUUCUGGGAUUGCUGUUUGUCUGUGGUGUCUUCUGGUGGCUGUAUUAUGACUACACCAAUGACCUCAGUACAGAAUUGGACACAGAAAAGGAGAAUAUGAAGUGCAUGCUGGCCUUUGCUGUCAUCACCACCGUCGUGACAGUCGUUCUCCUGGCCCUGAUUUUCACCCUCAGAAAGAGAGUGAAAUUGACGGUUGAGCUUCUCCGAGUCACAAAUAAAGCAAUCAGCAGAUGUCCUUUCCUGCUGUUGCAGCCACUGUGGACAUUUGCCAUCCUCGUUUUCUUCUGGGUCCUCUGGGUGGCUGUGCUGCUGAGUCUGGGAACCGCAGGUACUGCCCAGGUGAUGGAAGGUGGCCAAGUGGAAUAUAAACCUCUCUCAGGCAUUCGGUAUCUGUGGUGGUACCAUUUAAUUGGCCUCAUCUGGACUAGUGAAUUCAUCCUUACGUGCCAGCGGAUGACUGUAGCAGGAGCGAUGGUCACUUGUUAUUUCAACAGGAAUCAAAAUGACCCUCCUGCCCGUCCAAUCCUUUCAUCUCUCUCCACACUUUUCUGCUACCAUCAAGGAACUGCAGUGAAAGGGUCACUUUUACUCACUGUGACAAGGAUCCCAAGAGUCAUUUUCAUGUACAUUUAUAGCACCGUGAAAGAGCGGCAGCACAGUGCUUGGCCAAGAGGUGAAUUCAGAUGCAGCUACUGUGGGCUUUGGUGUCUCACCAAUUAUCCAUACCAUCUCAAUCAGGACGCGUAUGCCGCAGCGGCCAUUAAUGGGACAGACUUUUGUACAUCAGCAAAAGACGCGCACACAAUCAUAUCCAAGAAUUCAAGUCACCUCACGUCUGUUAACUGCUUUGGAAACUUUAUCAUUUUCCUGGGAAAGGUGCUGGUGGUGUGCUUCAGCGUUUUCGGGGGCCUGAUGGCGUUUAACUACAACCGUGCGCUCCAGGUAUGGGCCAUCCCUCUGCUGCUGGUUGCCUUUUUCGCCUACUUAGCAGCUCACAGUUUCUUAUCUGUGUUCGAAACUGUGCUGGAUACACUUUUCCUGUGCUUUGCUGUCGACCUGGAAACAAAUGAUGGAUCGUCGGAGAAACCGUACUUUAUGGACCCAGGGUUUUUGAGUUUUGUAAAACGGACCGACCACUUUAACAAUGCCAGGUCUCAAGGACACAAGAACUCACUACCAAAUGAAGAGGGGACAGAACUCCGGCCCAUUGUGAGAUAGAGGCCAAGAGACAUUUGCACUUGGAGAACUCGAUCAUGCUCUGACCACCUAUGACACCAAAGCAGUCUACAGCUGUUUUCACGAACUAGAGCCAGACAAAUGUUAAAGCCAUGUUUAUAUGCACCGCUUUAAAAGGCUCAACUUGGGGCUGGAGAGAGGGCUCAGCGGUUAGGAGCAGGGACUGCUCUUCCAGAGGUCUUGAGUUCAAUUCCCAGCAACCACAUGGUGGCUCACAAUCAUCUGUAAUGGGAUCCAAUGCCCUCCUCUGGUGUGUCUGAGGACAGCUACAGUGUAUUCACAUAGACAAAAUAAAUAAAUCUUUAAAAAAGGGCAUGAUAUGGCUGUGCACACAGGGACACACAUCUAUACACACAUCUAUAACUCAAAACUUGAGAAGGCUGAAGCACAAAGACCACCAGUAUAAGACUAGCCUGAGCUACAUACUCAGGAGUUAAAGGCUAGCCUAAAUGCUACAUAGAGACCAAGUAGAUAGAUAGAUAGAUAGAUAGAUAGAUAGAUAGAUAGAUAGAUAUAGAUAGAUAAGGAAGGAAGGAAGGAAGGAAGGAAGGAAGGAAGGAAGGAAGGAAGGAAGAAGGAAGGAAGGUAGGUUGGGUCACUAGAUAAGGUACCUUUUGCCAAUCCGAGGAACUGAAUACCCCUAGACCCAAUGGUAAAGAGAGAACCAAUUGCUACAAGUUCUUAGACUCCACAUGUGUGUUCAUAUUCUCUCUCUCUCUUUCUCUCUCUUACACACACACACACACACACACACACACACAAGUUUGUGAGGUCAUUAAUCCGUUUUACUUUUUUCUUCUUCCAGUUUUACUCUUUUUUUUUUUUUUUUUGGUUCUUUUUUUCGGAGCUGGGGACCGAACCCAGGGCCUUGCACUUCCUAGGCAAGCGCUCUGCCACUGAGCCAAAUCCCCAACCCCCAGUUUUACUCUUUUAAAAGGAAGAUUUCAUUAGCAGAAAUGGAACUAAUCUUUGGCUCUUACGCAGGGCAGGAGUCUCUUAUUUCUCCUAGCCUGGACACCUGCUAAGAGGCUAUCAGCACUGGAGUUACAGCUUAGUGAGGAAGGGAAGGUAUGGAGCAGGCACACACAGGACAGGCUGUGUGGAACAAGAAACUCAGGGCUGCAAGCAGGCGGGAGUUUCACAAGUCAGCAACCAGAACAGUGUUGCUCAACCCUUGACCAUACUGAGACUUGUCUCAUAGUUUUUAAUGAUUUUUUAAACACACCCAAACAGAAGAGCUUUUCCUUUUUAAAGCCUUAAACAAAUCAAAAGAUUGAACACGAAUGAGGGCAGGCACCUCGCUGGCCCAGAUGCUGUGUGGAGCUCCCAUCCUAAUAGGAGGCGCAAUCUGACCAACUUGGCAGGCCAGUGCGCGAUGUAAGACAAGGCUCCCUCCUUUCCCUUUCCUAGCCACCUCUGCAACUUGACAAGAAGCAGCCUGACAGCUCAGGACCACUUUAGAUGCAAAUUUCUUCUUUAAUAGCACCACAGAAUUCAUUUAGCUCCUAAGUCUCCUACAGUGACUCACAGGGCACUCCCUGAAGCAUCAAAGCCAGCCAUCCCAGGAAGAGCGAAACAUUUCUGAGGGUUCAACAUCCAGACAAAAAUCACCCAAGGCCACCAGUCAGCCCUAUCGGAAGAAAUCACUGAGACAAGGUCAGAGGGGUGACCAAGCAGCUUCCCUCGGUGGCCGCACUGUCCUUUUCCCACACUAAGUCAAGGCUGAUGGAUUCGACUUCCCCCCAGCUGAUCAAACAGCACAUCCCACGCCGGGCUUCAGGAUCAAUUUACAACACACUCAGAGCAUAUUAAUAUGUAAUUCUCUUUCUUUUUUUUUUUUUUUUUUGGUUCUUUUUUUUCCGGAGCUGGGGACCGAACCCAGGGCCUUGCGCUUCCUAGGCAAGCGUUCUACCACUGAGCUAAAUCCCCAACCCCAAUUCUCUUUCUUUUAAGAGAAUUCCAAAUUGAAUUUCAGAUAAGCCUAGGGCAGCCAAGUUAUAAUAAAUCAAGGAGCACCUAAUUCCUGGUUGCAAUAUGCAAUGGGUCCUUUUCUUCUUUUGGUUGUCACUGUUUUGUUUUUGUAGCUUUAAAACAGGGUCUCUGCAGCCCACGCUGACCUCAAACUCACAGAAAUCUUCCUGCUUCAGCCUCCCUAGUGCUGGGAUCACUGGUGUUAAGUUGUCACCCCCAGCUUAGACUCAGUCUCCACUGAGUGCCACGUGGUACAGAUUAAUUAACAUCAGAAUAGCCUUCUCUUAGUGCCCACGGAACAAGGCAUCUGGUUUCUGACCUUAUUCUGCCUACGUAGAGAACCAGAAAAUAACCAGCCCGUGGUUCAUAUAAUGUUCAAAAAAAAUAUUUAUUUAUAAAAAAUACAAUGGGAUAAGUUUAUGCUGAGAAAUGCAGCAAUAAAUACAGUUGAAGGGAACAGCGACUCUACAGUAAUACAUUGGCACAAAUGAAGUCUGCAGGCACGCCACCCACACCUACAUGUCUGCGGCCAUUUCUGUAGACGCGCCUUUAGAGCGCCACUCGGGAGAGACCUUGUCAGCUUCGGGAAAGAAUGAGUACACAUGUAAUCACGAAUCACACUGAUCACGACUUUAUUUAAAACUUAGCAGACAACACUGUGCAGAAGCAUCCACGUGUCAGGUUCUAAAGCUGCAUGUUAGAUUACUUGGCAAAGACCACACUUAGCAAAUCAACUUCUUAGUCUUCCGUGUACAAGCCAG